AUGUAUUUACUAGACUAACAAAAUUAGAAAGUAAUUUUUGGUAUCAGGGAUUUUUAUUUAUAUUCAAUUCCAUGUCCAAAUAAUUGUAGAAAUUGCAAAAUGACUGAUACAUAAGAAUAUAUGAAUGUAUAGAUUUGCAACUUUCUUCAGAAUUUUAUUUCGAAAUAGACAGAAAUUUGUUUAAUUGCGAUGGUUGGACAAUCAUUUAAGCAUCUCAAAGUUUAAUAAUUCAUAAAUCAUCUGAUUGCAGUAGUGAAAGUAAUGUCAUUUUUACAUAUCUAUUGAUGUAAAUUUAUUUUAGAUACUUGGAUUAGUGGAUAUGGGAGACUAAAUUAGGAAAAAAAUUAUCUUAGAACCUCAUUACAAAAUCAACAUAUAAUAUUUGCAUGUAAUACUUUAAUAAGUAUUUGCCCCUUCAACAUUUUGGCAGGGGUAGUUAAAUGGUAAGACAGAGUAUUUAAUCGGAUAUGCAACCUAAGAUAACAUUCUUCAUUUUUUCCAGACUUAUUGAUAAUACCCGUGGUGAUCUGAUUGCUUAAGUAGAAUUUGAUUCUUUUCAUUAAGACAUCAUAGUUGAAAUUUUUACAUCUCAAAUUAAUCAUUUUAAGGUUGGAAAACUAAGUGGGGUCUUUGAACUAUUAGGUUAUAAUAAAAAAAUGUCAUCCUAGUUGCUUAUAUAUUUGUAAAGGUCCUAAAGAGAGUUAAUGUCAAAAUAUUUAGUAUCCUGAAUAUACUUUAAUUGCCAACAAUCUGAAAUUAAAUACAUUCAGCGAUGAUGAAGAUUGGUAGGUAGUGUCCACAUUUGAAUUUUCUUUACCAAAUGAAUGUAAUAAUUAAGCUUUACUUGGAGGAUAUUAUAUUUUAUAAGGAAAAUAUUUACUUUAAAGUGUUUAUGUUUUGAAAACACAUAUUAAAAUAGGUAUAUGA